AUGAAACCGAUACAUCUUGUACUAUUUCAUAAGGAUAUCUUACCCGCGAUUAUUUCCAGCUUUGAAUAUCAAGAUGAUAUCUUCAGAUGUUUAUUGGUACAUUCCACUUGGACAGGGAUAGUCAUAAAAGUCUUAUGGAAGGCUCCCACUUGGAGUUCCUAUAGAGCCUACCAAAAGUUUUUAGGAUCGGUGGCUGCGCCCACCGCCAGGUAUCCCUAUGGAACGUUUGUUGAAAGUUUAAAAUUCUCCUCAAGCGCGUUUCAAUAUAACAUUCAAAGUCUAGAUUUAAUCACCAAUCGAUGCCCAAAUAUCCAACAUCUUACUUUCGAUUGUAUGAAAUCGCCCAAUAAUUUUCCACCAGAAGUAUUAGCAACGCUUUUAUUAAGAUUUCCGAACUUGGUAUCGCUGAAAGGACCCAACACCGCAUCAAUACAUUGGAUCACAACGACGUUAGAGCCCAUUAGGAAGGGAAAUUGUCGGCACUUGAGAUCUUUGACGUUACCUUGGGAUUGGAGGGAUCCUUUAUUGGAGAUGUUAUUACAAGAUAUAGGGUCCCAUUGUCUACAAAUAACUUCAUUGAACAUUAACACCGAUGUGUACGAUCAAAUUGCCAAGAUCAUUGCGCGUUCAUUUCCAAAUAUAAAAAUAUUUAGCUGUCUCGCCGUGACGCAUAAAUCCCUUGGGAUAAUACUUCACGGCUGUCGAUAUUUGAGGUCGUUAAAAUUACAAUUUUCUCAAGACUUUAAUGAUGGCGAGGCUCUUGCCAUAGCUGAUUCAUUUCCAUUAUUGAACUCUUUUGUGUUGACAAGAUUUUGGACGAGUUUGCCAAAGUUUUUCAAAACGUGGGCACUGAAUCAAAGAUACCUACGUCACAUCGAAUUCUCUGACUGUAGUUCUCUGACACAAGAAAUGUUUCAACCAAUUGUGCAAUCAUGUAUCAGUCUAGAAUCGGUAAAAUUGGGACAUUGUCAUCAGAUAACUGAUAGUUCGAUCACUUUUCUUGCCAGGCAUCGAGGUCGUUAUUUAAAACGCCUCUCGCUUCAUCAUAACAAUGGAGUUUCUGACAUGGGGAUUAAUUCCAUCGCUGAACAUUGUAAAAAUUUGAGAAUUUUAAAUUUAUUUGAGUGCCCGAGAGUCACCACGAGUGCCAUCAUUAAUAUCAUCACACAAUGUAGAUUGCUGAUGGAAUUAUCGGGAAGUUACUCAGUAGUGAUGACUGAUCCGAUAAUUAAAUGUUUGAUAAUUAAUGGAUCGCCGAAAUUAGAAGUUUUGGGUAAUAAAUUUUUUGCUUUAAAUAAUUCCCGGGUGUUAAAAACGAUCAACAGUAAAUUGUUGUCCAAGUUGGGAAAUCAAAUGUCAACAUUGAGGGUGUUGGAAAUCCGAUAUCCGAUCAAAGGAGUAAAUCCGAAUAAACUUAUGAAAUCGAUCCUACGCUUUCCUCAAUUGGAAAAAUUGUGUAUCGUCCCACCACCAAGACUCAAACGAAAGCACAUUAGAAUAUUAGAAUCGCAUCCGAGGUUGAAGGAAGUUCGAUUUUUGGCACAUAACAACGCGAAGGUACUACAAUACAUUCAUGAUCGGGAACGGCAGGAUAGGGCGGGCGUGCGUAUUUCCAUUGGGAUAAUUGAUAGUGAAGAAGAAAUGUGA